UUAGAACUACAAUCAAAUACUUAUUUAUAAAGAGCCGAAUAUCACCAAUCUAACUUUAAAUAUUGACAAUAGAAAGAAAUCUCAAGAACCGACUCAAAUGGCGACGGAAAGAUCAGAAACAGGCAAAUCAUCCAAUACCAAUGGUCUCCAUGUCGCCAUUAUCGGUGCAGGAAUAGGCGGUUUAGCUUGCGCGAUAGCAUGCCGCCGAGCAAACCCUCCCCUCCAAGUCACCGUUCUUGAGCGCACGCCGGAAAUCCUCACCAUCGGUGCCGGGAUCCACAUUCCGCCGAAUGCCUGCCGGGUGCUGACUCGCUUCGGGCUUCUCGAGAAACUCAAGCAGGCGGGUGGAUACCAGGUGCAGGAUUUCACGUUAAGGAGAUAUGAGAAUGGCCAGGUCCUUGUUGAGAAGCCGCUCAAGGAUAGGAUGGAGACGGAGUACGGGGCGCAAUGGAUAGCAAUACAUAGAGGAGACUAUCAGAACGUACUACUCAAAGAGGCUCGAGCUGUUGGAGCAGUUGUGUUGACGAGCGCAGACGUUACUGGCGUCAAUCUUGCUUCCGACCGCGCCCAGACCUUGUUACUGAAAGAUGGAAGACGAAUCAGCGCAGAUGUAGUAAUCGGCGCGGAUGGGCUGUGGUCUUUAACCCGAGAGAUCGUCCUAGGACGGCCUUUUCCGCCAACGGAAACGGGUGAUCUUGCAUAUCGAGGCACUUUCACGCGUGCACAGCUGAAAGGGCUUAAGAACGAACGAGUGGAUAAGUUGCUAGAGCAGUCUAAUAUACAAGUAUGGUUAGGGCCGGGUCGACACGCCGUUUUCUAUCCUUUGAGGAAUCAUACGGAAUACAAUCUCGUCUUGAUAGCCGCGGAUGAUCUACCUACCGGCGUGCGUACCUCACAAGGCAGCCUGGAGGAAAUGGCAGCUAACUUUGAAGGAUGGGAUCCGAUCCUCAACGAAAUCAUUUCAUGUCUGAAGACUGCAUUGAAAUGGAAGCUCCUUCACUUCAAAGAGCUUGACCAAUGGACUAAGGGUGCAGUCGCUCUAUUAGGAGACGCCUCGCAUCCAACGCUACCAUAUCAGGGCCAAGGCGCUGCCAUGGCCGUCGAGGACGGCGCCAUCCUUGGCUUACUUCUGGAGAAGUUCCAAAGCGCAGGUAUCCCAUCGAACCAAGCAGAGAAAAACGAGAAACUAGAGAGUCUUUUCCGCCUGUACGAAGGUCUACGCAAGAAGCGGACAGAAGUCAACGUGGCCGGUGCCGUGCAUACCCGCCAUUACUACCAUUUGGCCGACGGCCCGGAGCAAGAGGCGCGCGACGAGGAGUUGGCCGGGCUGCCUGGCGGGAGGUGGAAGGGGCUAUGCUCGUUUAAUUGGGGAGAUGCUGAGUAUCAACAGAGCUUGCUGGGAUUUGAUGUUCUUGCUGAUACGGAAAAGAGAUUUGACGAGUGGUUGGGAGAUAUGCAGGAGUAGGUCUAUAGGGUCAGCAACUUGGAAGCAGGUGUUGAUAUGUAAGAAAUAGAUAAUUAGGUAGCAUUAGUUAUAUGUUAAGGUAACAUAACGAAGGGAUCAGUAAUGCAUUAAAUACUUUAGGUUUCCACGAGGCGAGGAAAAUAUCUUUUAAACCAUUGCAUGCACGAGGUCGCAUAUAACUUAUUCCACGGUCGGUACUCGCUUGUAACAACACUUGUAAAGUCAAUGUUCAAUUCCAGUCGAGCCUUUCUUUACGACUAUCAGCGUAUAGUUACAAGAGAUAAAUACCUUGAACCGUGCCUUAGAAUGACUUUACUAACUACCAUGCUCGUGGCACUUCAUGCAUUGAAAGUGGACUUCUGCUGGCUUAGUACUUACGUGAAGUAAUUAUAACUUAUAACUAAGCCAUUAUCAAAUUAUCCUGUAGUCCUGUGCCUAAGCUAUGCCAUAACUGUCUAUUGUGAGUAAGUGCAUUGAUGCUAAAAAUAAAAAUGACAAAUACA